CCAUUGAGAUGGCAGACCACCCAUCCCGAUUAUCCGAGGAUGUCUUGGCUCGGUUUAACCAGGCCAUGGCAGCAGAAGGAACACCACAAGUCAAGGCGGCCCCUCUGUCCACCCGUCGGAGCUCCCACUCCAUUGAUAUGCCUCCCCGUCCACUCCUACGCUUGAGAAGCAUAGACGAACGGCCCAAUAUUAGUUCUCGUAGAAGCUCCGUUGUCAGCAACAUGAACAUGCCAUUCUCCCGCAAAAAUUCGAUAUGUGCAAUGAGCCAAGCCAAACGUUUGUCCCUUGGACCCUGGGCUCAUUACGGACGCGUCAGUUUCUCAGGACUCCCCCUCUUCCAGCCGAUUAAAGAAGUUCAGUAUGAGAACACUUACAAGGUCGGACCAGACCAAGACUGCAGAUUCAACGCAAGCAAAGUUCAGAAGGUCCUAGAGAACAUUAUGGGCAGCUACCUUGGGGACACUAACUAUAACCCUCUGACCAGCGGUCAACUGACCCAGAACCUGUCAGACCUCAUCCGCAGCAAGCUAAAGGAGAUCUGCCCUUCCAGGUACAAGGUAGUGUGUAGUGUCUUUUUGGGACAAAUGGGCCAGCAAGGGGUGAAGGUCUCCAGUCGCUCGUUGUGGGAUCCACAGAAUGAUAAUUUUGCCUCGGCUACAUUUACUAAUCCUUCUUUGUUUGCUGUAGCCACGGUUCACGGUCUCUAUUAUGAAUAACGUCUGCUAGUUCUCCCUGUGCUACAAAGUUACAUCAUUUGCUUGUUGACCUUAUUGAUUGCAUUGAUCUUUGCAAUUAUCUACUCCUUCCCUACAGAAGUUAUUGAUAAGGUGGAGGGUUUAGUACA